AUGGCGCGGCGCGGCGUUCGCAGCGCUCUGGAACGUGCAGUUCGCCCGCGCGAAGAGGCGAACCGAGUGGUGCGCCGCAUUUGGGGCCUCGUGCGGGCAACGCUGCUUGCUUUGCACCGCAACGCCGCGCUCGUGGCCAUCGCCAUCCUGCGGGAUAGGUUCCGGGACCUGGAGGUUGGCCAGCGGAGCGGCCGCACUGUCCCGAUACUCGUGCAGGCGAUGGGCUGCAGGCUCUUCUCCGCGUGCGCGGUCGAAGAUGAACCAGGUAACAUGGCGCCCUCGCCGGGCAUGUUCGCCGACUGCGAAGGACGUCCUGUGAUGAUUCUGAAAUGCUUCACCAGACAUCGCGCACACAUGGCGCAUACGAUCCCUGUCGAGGCCGACCGGACCGACCCCGCGCCCCACGUGGCAUACCUCCGCUGCGUCUUCACGUGCAAGCAAGCCGACCUCAGCGACAUUGGCCUCCCUUUCGUGUCGGCCAAGAGGUUUUGCUCCAAAGGGAAGCGUGCGUUCCGUCUUCAGAGAUCUCCGGGCGCCAUGGCCGGUGUGCCGGGUUUCCUCGAGCAGGCUCUGAGGCAGGUUGCCUUUGCCAGAUACGCGAGCGCGGCAGCUACGCUGGCUUCCCUUGAGGACGCGGGCGCUCGGCCCACCCCAGUGGAACCUAUCAGGAUAAUGCCUGGUUCUGCCCACCUACAUGGACGAGGAACCUACAUGACCAAGCGGUUCCUCGUCCACCUGGUCCUGUCUUUCUACGACGUGCUGAACGCCAGGGCCACUCGCCGGAAGCUCUGCGAGCUCUACGCGGCCAGCUCGCUCUUCUCGGAGUCCGCCCUGGCGCGGACCGUGACUGCGCUGCCGCGGUGCCGCGUGAUGCGCGCCAUCCUCUGCAAGGCCCUGGGGUCGUUCCUGGCGGGCGCAGUGCAGCGUAUGCGGAGGCGGAUCCACAUCUACAGCGGGCAGAUCAUCCGAGGGGAUGGCAACCAUGACUUGGCCCAGAGAAUCGGGUGCAGGAGCAAGGAAGACCCGUUCGCGGAGAAGGACUUCAACGUCAUGCUGGCUUGGUGCGGCACGGACGGGUGCCUGCUCAAACCCUUGACGCCCGCGAAGUCUGAGGCCUGGGACGACGUGCGGGAAGACUUGGGCGACGCCAUCGCGCGCCUGCGAGCCGACCGCCUGCGGCACGGCCUGCCAUUGAGAGAGGCGGCCCCGGUGUGCCACAGCACCGAUAUGCACGGGAACCACAAGGAUCUCAUCGAGGACUACUACCGCGAGAUGUUUCCCGACUUGGCCGUCCAGGUAUCUUCGACGACGCCGAAAGGCGACGCCGUGGGGGCGUCCGUGGCCGAACACGGGCUCGCGCCCGCGCUCGCUGUUGGGGGGCCCGUGCACGAUAUCAUCAACGUGCGCAGAGCCGCUUCCCCAGCGAGCGACGACUGCUCCGAAUUCGUCCUCGAUUGGGCGGAUAUGAUAGCUCGCCUGUCCGAGAGGCCCGUCGGCGAGACGGACUGCAGCGCGCGCGGCCCGGUCCGCGGCGGCCUGGGCCAACCAGCAGAAGCCCUACUUAAGGGGGCCGCCCUCCACCCGGCCGCGCUUGUCAAGCGCAGCGUGGCCGCGGCGGGUCCGGCUGCGCUGGCCGAGGCCCGCCCGCCGAGGGGAACUCUGCAGCGCAUCUGCCGGCGCCUGGGCGCCCGCUUGCACCCGUCGCUCCAGCGCAGGAAUUGCAGCAGCCAGAAGGCAUUGAGGCGCGAGGCCCGGGCCAUCAAGCGGUGGUACCAGCCCGGCCGUAAGCUGACGCGUCGCCGCCUCGGCAUACGCAGGUCGAAGCGGGCGGUCCUCCGCGCGCGCGGCCUGCGCACGGUUUGGAACCAGAAGGUGGAGUUACAUCAUAAGAGAUUCCUGAAGCCGAAGCGCCAGGAGGGCCUCUGGCGCUGGAGAGACAUUGCACUCGGCCUGCACGCGGCCAGGAUCCCCGUUCACUCAGGGACAAUCCCUGUGGAACGGUUGUGGGCGUCAAUGUUGGACAUGUUCCCGUCCAGCGCGCGCCUGAUGUCUCGGGCGUGGUUUGACGUCCUUGCUGCCUUGGGGUUCUUGCGGUACAACUACAGGCACUUUCACGUUCGCCUCCUGCCUGCAUGGGCGUGGGCGGAGGCGGACUCCCUCUUGGCAGAGCGGUUGGAAAAUCUCGCCACGGCUGCCCACGCUUUGAGCAUGUGGGCGGAGCCCGACGCGCUCGGCAAUCUGCCUGACAGGCAUGCCGAUCUGACGGCCGCGGCGCGCGCUAUGAGCCCACUCUUUGAGCCAUUCGACGGGCAUUUCGCCGCUGCUGCGGAUGAGCAGCAAU